AUGGAAGCUAUAAAAGAAUGCGAAAGGAAUGGUAAGUACUUGAAUACUUCUAGUCACAUCAUGAUCACAUCGGUUGAAAUGGACGUUGCUCAGCAGGAUGCCAAGAAGGCGCAACCACCAGUGGAGGAGAAGACGCCACAAGAGAAAGAAGAAGAGAAGGCCUUGCGGGAGUUCCCUUUUUACCAUGGCUUUCUUCCAAGAGAGGAUUUACUGUUUCUGCUAAAGAAUGAAGGAGACUACCUCCUGCGUAUUAGUGAAGUCGGCGGUGGAGACAAGACGUUGGAUGCCGAUAUGGCAGUUACUAGAAGAGCCAUUAUCUUAUCCAUCCUGACAGAGCUAUUGCCUGGAGAUACCGUUACGUCUAUGAUACCAUCAAAUGUUCAGCUAAAGCUACUUACAGGAGGAAGAUCCUUAGUCAAAGUGGCCGUUCCAGGAGUGAUGACCUUUUUGAAGUACAUUGAACGUGAUUCCCAUUCUGUCUGA